AUGGCGUGGAUUCCACGGACAAAAAAUAAAAAGGCAGAUUACUUGAGUAAAAUAGUAGAUCCAGAUGAUUGGGGCAUAUCUGUGAAAGUGUUCAAACAACUUGAGAGGUUGUGGGGGCCCUAUGAUGAGGAUUGGUAUGCCAGCGAUUAUAAUACCAAGGUUAGUGUAUUUUUCUCCAGGUAUUGGAAUCCUGGUGCAGUAGGUAUGGACGCUUUUACUAGUGAUUGGUCAGGUAGGAAUGGCUGGUUUGUACCACCUGUAUAUUUGAUCGGUAGAGUUCUGCUAAAUAUGGAACUAUGUAAGGCAUUUGGUACAGUGAUCAUUCCAGUAUGGAUGACUGGGCGGUUUUGGCCAAUUUUGUGUCCUGAUGGGAAGGCUUUCAUUAAAGCUGUGAAAGAUGCCAGAUAUCUUCCAGAAAGUGACAAUGUUUGUGUAUCAGGAAGAGGCAGCAACUCGGUGUUCAGUGAAAAGAAACUUCCAUGCUAG